UCAAGUGAUGCUCUUUAUCGUACUCAUUUGGACGUAUACGAUUCCUUGGGCCUUGAUGCCGCUAAUGCAUGUUUGGGUCAAAUUGUCAGCCAUGUUGUUAAUCAUGAGAAAACUCUUCGUGAACAAGCAAAGAAGAUGAAUGUUGAGAGCUUGAGAAGCAACGCCAAUACAAAUGCUCAAACUGCGGAAAUACGUAUAGCCAAGGCUGCCAUAACAAUCUGCUGCCUCUUUGUUCUUUCAUGGACUCCAUACGGCAUUCUUGCAAUGAUUGGUGCUUUUGGAAAUAAGACAUUGCUAACUCCUGGUAUUACAAUGAUACCGGCGUGCACAUGCAAAUUUGUAGCUUGUUUGGACCCAUAUAUAUAUGCUAUAAGCCAUCCAAGAUACAGGUAAUAAAACUAGUGUAUUUUCUUUUCAGUUUCUUUUUAUCUGAA